AUGGCCGCCGCCCUCGACGAGGAAGAUCUUUCGAUCCCCCUCCCUCCCACCGACCGUCCGCGUGAACGAGGUGAACGUACGAGCAAGACGACUACGAGCUCAAACCCUUCCGCUAUGGCAAUGCCUCCGCCCUCGCGCCCGACCGGUCGUCCCGACCCCACGACUCAGUCCCCGGCCACCAUGCGGGACAUGCAGCGCCUCGAUCAGUAUCAGACCGUCAAGAUCCUAGGUGAGGGCUCUUUCGGUAAGGUCAAGCUUGCUAUCCACCAGCCAAGUGGAAGGCAAGUCGCCCUCAAGAUCAUCUCGCGGCGUAAGCUACUGUCUCGGGACAUGGUUGGGCGCGUGGAGCGAGAGAUUCAGUAUCUUCAAUUGCUACGACACCCUCACAUCAUUAAAUUAUACACCGUGAUCGCCACCAAGACCGACAUUGUGAUGGUCCUCGAAUAUGCCGAACGCGAAUUGUUUGAUUACUUGGUUCGAAAAGGAAAAUGUGGUGAUGAUGAGGCCCGCAAGUUCUUCCAACAGAUUAUCUGCGCCGUCGAGUACUGCCAUCGACACAAGAUUGUCCACCGUGAUCUGAAGCCCGAGAACCUCCUCAUCGACAGCACGAAGAGCGUUAAGAUUGCGGAUUUCGGAUUGAGUAACAUUAUGACAGACGGAAAUUUCUUGAAGACCAGCUGUGGCAGUCCGAAUUAUGCUGCCCCCGAGGUCAUCUCCGGAAAGCUCUACGCCGGUCCAGAGGUGGAUGUUUGGAGUUGCGGUGUUAUUCUCUACGUUCUGCUCGUGGGCCGCUUGCCCUUCGACGACGAUUAUAUUCCUGCUCUGUUCAAGAAGAUCGCUGCUGGAAACUUCCACAUUCCUGGAUACAUCUCUCCCGGCGCAGCCCGACUCAUUCGCGCCAUGCUUCAAGUCCACCCGGUUCACAGAAUUACCAUUCAAGAGAUCCGGGAAGACCCGUGGUUCACUAAGAACCUCCCCAAGUACCUGGAACCACCAGCCGAGGAGUUCAUUGCUACAGACGUGGAUCUGAGCAAGAUCGAUCCUCGUAAGGUGGGCGCUGGAAAGCCGGUUCCCGUGAAGCAUAAGAUUCACCAAAUUGCCGUGUCCAAGCUGGAACGAAGCAUGGGAUAUGAUCGGGAAGAUAUCGAAGAUGCCUUGCGCCACCCGGAGCCUAGUGCAAUCAAGGAUGCCUUUUCGAUUGUCGUUGAGAACGAGAUGAUGCAAACCAACUCUCCAACCGACGACAACCUGUUGGCCCAGAGUGUGUCACCCCAGCCAAAAGCACCCGCACCUGCUCCCGCCCAACGAACCCCCGCGACUCCAAGAUCUCAAGAGCAACCAGCUGCGACACCUGCCGUUGCACGAACCCCCAGUGUCUCACGCCGUCCCCGACCAGAAGAGACUCAACAAGAAGACCCCGAGGAAUUCGAGCCACAGCGUCUCAGCCAUGUCCGCAUUCUACCUACGAGUCUGCCUUAUGUCCAUGAUCAGCUCAUGGAGCAACGUGACCGAGAACAGAGAGCUCGCCUCGAAGAGCGCCGACGGGAAGCCGCUCGUGCCGAAGAGGAUCAAUCGGGAUCUGAACGCAGAGAACUGACUCCAGAAGAGCAAGCCGCCACUGCUCGGGCAUUGAAACCCCAUUCUCGCAGUGUCGUCGAUCUGGACAAGUUGAGGUUCGAGCCGCCGAUUGGCCAUCCGAUCACACAACAGCCUAAGAAGUCUCGAAAAUGGCAGUUUGGUAUCCGCUCACGGAAUCAGCCAUACGAGGCGAUGCUGUACCUGUACCGAGCUAUCGCUGCUCAAGGUGGAGUGUGGGAUAUUCAGCCUGUCGAAUCAGGCACGACCAUCGGUCCCGAUGCGUCACCAGACAAACCCAAGCCUCUGCAAAGCAAAUACCCCGACCUCCCAUCAGACUACUACAUUCCCAAGGACCCCUGGUUCAUCCGCGCCCGCUUGCUGAAAGAAGGCGUCAAAGCCCCGGGACAAUCAACCAGUGUCUACAACAGCCGCAGCGACCUCGAAGAGCUCCGUCGUCGUUUCAAUAUCUCCGGUAUCUCCGUCCCGGGCGACGACAAGGACAAAGAUAUGAAAUCUCCCUCGUCCGAUAACGGCGGUCUCUCUGCACCCUCAUCGGCCACGCAAAAUACCAGCAUACCCAGUAUCUCGCACGGCGUCUGGGUCUUCGUCGAUAUCCAACUCUACCAACUCGAGGAGAACAAUUACAUGGUUGACUUCAAGUGCGAUGGAUACCAGAACGUUAUUCGCGCCCAUGGAGACACAGAGUGGCACCCUAUUAGCAAGCGCUUCAUGAACAAGGAGAAGGAGGUCACUAGCCCUUACCCUUUCCUGGAUGUGGCAUCGGACCUUGUGGCUCAGCUGGCCGUGGCUAGCUAG